UCUCAAUGGCAGCCGUCAACUGUGAUCAUUCGGGUCGAAUAUUUGCACAAUAAGGUAACUAAUUUGUGUCACCAAAGUGGCGUUCUACUCAUCUGUGUGCGUAACGAACAAAAAGUAAAUGGGAACCCAACAAUUUUGUUUAAAAUGGAACAAUCACCAAACAAAUAUGUUGACUGUUUUUGACCAGUUGCUGUCAAGUGAAGCCCUGGUAGAUGUGACUUUAGCAUGUGAAGGUCUUAGUUUAAAGGUUCACAAAAUAGUUCUUUCUGCAUGUAGUCCUUUCUUUCAGCGUCUAUUUUUGGAAAACCUUUGCAAGCAUCCAAUUGUUAUUAUGAAAGACAUGAAAUAUACAGACUUAAAAGCCAUAGUGGACUUCAUGUAUCGUGGUGAAGUCAAUGUGUCACAAGAUCAGAUAUCAGCACUUCUUAAAACAGCUGAGACGCUAAAAGUCAAAGGUCUAGCAGACGUUACAGGUGAUAAUAGGCAUGGUGGACCAGGAGAACUUGUACAACAAGAAAUUAUUCAACAACAUUUAGUAAAUACGCCUCAAUCUCUUCCUGUUUCUGCAGCACAAACACAACAUAGUGCAGAAUCACCCCCAUUAAGUAGGAGAAAAAGGGGUAGGCCAAGGAGAUCUUCAAGUGGUUCAAAUCGUAGUGAUAGUGAAGACCAGAUGCCAUCUAAAAUCAAAGAACCACACUCUCCUGAAGUCAUUGAGGAGGUGACGUCCAAAGUUAAAUCAACCAAUGAUGUACGUCAAAGACUUGCACCAUCCGGCCACCCACAAUCUCAGGUUUUCUCCCUUCAUUCUGUACAUCAUGGAGUUCCUCCCUUGAAGUUUUACGGAGCCCUUCCAUCUCAACAAGAUUAUCAUAUGAGUGUAGAAGAACCUUCUGGUGAUGAAGGGAAUUAUGAUGUUGAACCAACAAAGUUAAUGGAACAAACCAUGACAACAGAAAAGGUAUCAAUAUUCACAGAUGGUCCUUCUCAAGGUCCAACAUUACCUCCAGCAUCCACUCAGUUAGCCAUUCCAACAACAGUUGGGUUAGCGGAUACCCAACCGCUACACACAGGCCCAGGCCCCUGUGAUAGCCAAGCUUUGGGACCAUGUUCCAUACCUUCUGAACCUUCCACUUCAAGUUGUGUUUCUCGAGAUAAUAAUCAAGAUAUCAAGCCUGGUGCCUUGGUGUCAUUUGAAGAACCACCAAUAUCUCCUAUGGCUGGUCUAUCGCAUCAAGAUAGUUGUAAUUCUAUGAUGACAUACAUGGAUACUUCAGGAGUGCCUGGUCCAAGUAGCUAUCUGUUAGAUAAACAGCCAUCUCAACCACCUCAACAACAGCAACCACAAGGUUUGCAAUUUCGUUGCGAGGUUGCCCCCGACCCACUGGCGUGCCCUUUAUGUGGAAAGACUUUUCAUAAUAGAAGUAACCUUCUACGUCAUUGGAAAUCUCACGAUCCCAACCCUCAGAUGUUUCGAUGUGAAGUUUGUCGCAAAGAAUAUAGUAGGAAAGAUAAUCUUAAACAACACAUCAAAUUAAGUCACGCUCGAUUGCAAAAUAACGUUUGAUUGUCUUCUAUAAAUUUUAAUGUAAUGUUUGGAAGAAAUAAAAAGAAAGAAAAUGUUCUUUUAUCAAAAAAAAAAGUAAAAGAAUC